GGAAGUGCGGGCAAGUGGGAGAGCGUGGGUUGGAUCCGUGAUCGGGGUCGGGCCGGGGUCGAGCCGAGAUCGGGGUCGAGAUCCAAAUCCGGAUCCGUGCGGCCGCCAUGAAGCGGGAUGUGCGCAUCUUGCUCCUGGGAGAGGCCCAGGUGGGAAAGACGUCGCUGAUCCUGUCUCUCGUGGGCGAAGAGUUCCCCGCGGAGGUCCCUCCGCGAGCAGAAGAGAUCACCAUCCCCGCAGACGUCACCCCGGAGAAGGUGCCCACCCACAUCGUGGAUUACUCAGAAGCCGAGCAGACGGCGGAGGAGCUUCAGGAAGAGAUUGACAAGGCAAACGUGGUGUGUGUGGUGUAUGACGUGUCUGAGGAGGCUACCAUCGAGAAGAUCCGCACCAAAUGGAUCCCACUGGUGAACGGGGGUACCGAGAGGGGCCCCAGAGUCCCCAUCAUCCUGGUGGGCAACAAGUCAGACCUGCGGGUGGGCAGCUCGAUGGAGGCCGUGCUGCCCAUCAUGAGCCAGUUCCCUGAGAUCGAGACCUGCGUGGAGUGCUCUGCCAAGAACCUGAGAAACAUCUCGGAGCUGUUCUACUACGCACAGAAGGCCGUGCUACACCCCACGGCCCCGCUCUACGACCCUGAGGCCAAGCAGCUGAGGCCCGCGUGUGUCCAGGCCCUCACGCGCAUCUUCAGGCUCUCAGACCAGGACCUAGAUCAGGCGCUCAGUGACGAGGAACUCAACGCGUUCCAGAAAUCCUGCUUCGGGCACCCCCUGGCCCCCCAGGCCCUGGAGGACGUGAAGACGGUGGUGUGCAAGAACGUGGCGGGAGGUGUGCGGGAGGACCGGCUGACCCUGGACGGCUUCCUUUUUCUGAACACGCUGUUCAUCCAGCGUGGCCGCCACGAGACCACGUGGACCAUCCUGCGGCGCUUUGGCUACGGCGACACACUGGAGCUGACCCUGGACUACCUUGCUCCGCCGCUCCACGUGCCCCCCGGCUGCAGCACCGAGCUCAACCACUUCGGCUACCAGUUUGUGCAGAGGGUGUUUGAGAAGCACGAUCAGGACCACGAUGGCAGCCUCUCGCCUGUGGAGCUGGACAGCUUCUUCAGCGUGUUUCCAGCUGCGCCCUGGGGCUCCCAGCUGCCUCUUGAGGUCCCCACCGAGGCGGGCCGGCUGCCCCUGCACGGGUACCUCUGCCAGUGGACCCUGGUGACCUACUUGGAUGUCCGGCGCUGCCUUGAGCACCUUGGUUACUUGGGUUACCCCACUCUCUGCGACCGGGACUCCCAGGCCCACGCCAUCACAGUCACGCGUGAGAAGAGGUUGGACCAGGAGAAGGGGCAGACGCAGAGGAACGUCCUCCUGUGCAAGGUGGUGGGAGCCCGCGGAGUGGGCAAAUCCGCCUUUCUGCAGGCCUUCCUCGGCCGCCGUCCGGGGGAUCGCAGGGAGUUCCCCGAGGAACCUGCCGUCUACGCCAUCAACACAGUGCAGGUCAACGGGCAGGAGAAGUACCUGAUACUGUGCGAGGUGAGCGCAGACAGCCUGUUGGCCGCCGCACCCGAUGCUGCUUGUGACGUGGCCUGCUUGAUGUUCGAUGGCAGCGACCCCGGGUCCUUUGCGUUCUGUGCCAGCGUCUACAAGCGCCACUACAUGGACGGGCAGACCCCCUGCCUCUUCGUCUCUUCCAAGGCUGACCUGCCUGAGGGCAUCUCGCCACCUGGCCUGUCGCCUGCGGAGUUCUGCCGCAGGCACCGGCUGCCCGCCCCUGCUCCGUUCUCCUGCGCCAGCCCGGCCAAGCUCAGCACCGCUGUCUUCACCCGGCUCGCUGCCAUGGCCACUUUCCCACACCUGGCCCACGGGGAGCUUCACUCUACCUCCUUCUGGCUUCGGGUGACACUGGGGGUCAUCGGGGCCGCUGUCACUGCCGUUCUCAGCUUCUCACUCUACAGGGCCCUGGUGAAGACCCGAUGAGGCCUCAGGGGCUCCCGGGUGUUGGUAUUGGGGCCACGUGCUCGAGGGCACCCAACUUCUGUCUGAACCUGGUUUCUGGGGACACUUUGCCCACUGCCCUGCCCGUGCCCAAGACCCGUGGGUGGGUCCCGAGGUUCUGGGGGCACUGGGGCUCAUGAGCGAGGAAGCGUGUGACCCCAGACUCCAGUAGUUCUCAGGGCUCCACACCUUUCUGGUCCCAGGCAGCCAGUGGGCGUGAAGGGUGUCGGAAAACAGAACUUUGGGCCGGAGGCGGGGGGCAGGAAGUGGUUGAGCACCGUGUGGCCUUCCUCCCUGGUUUGGAGACGGGUCCAGUGCCGCACCCCUCUCAGAAGGCAUCAGCUCGGGUGUCCCGAUUAAACUUUGCUGGUGUCUUUUGCAUCUCGAA